UUGAUUUCCUUUGCAUCCUCGACCCAAACAUCACGUUGCAUUUCCGCCUUUGAUUAUUGUUAAGAUCUUUCGCGGCAUGAUUGAUGUUGACAUGAAUCACAGCGCAAGUAAAGAUGACCUUGAUGUGGAAGGAACCGAUCGUCCAUCUGUUCUUCACGUUUCGGCGUCGCCAGAGUCCUAUCGACUACUCGUAGAUGGAACCAACGCGGCAAAUACUGAUUCGAAGAUCGGUAUCACACUUAUUGCUAAGUUUGCCAAGGACAGAAUUGUGCUUGAUGAUCUUACAUCCGAUACCACUAUCUUUGAAGUAAAGCUCAUGUUGCAAGAAAAAACUCGGAUUCUACCGAAACGCCAAAAGCUCGUUGGUCUCGUAGCACAGCAAGGCGGAGCAAAAAGCGUCGUCGACGCCUUGCCCCUUUCCUCACUCAAAGUAAAAGGCAAGUCUACGGGUAACAAUGGAGAAAUUAUCCACCAUUUUAUUCUCAUGGGUACCCCGGAGGAAGAUAUUUUUGUUGAUCCUCGGGAUCAUCCCGACUUGCCUGAUGUGAUGGACGACUUUGAUCUGGACCUAGAUCCUCAGCAACAUAUCAAUCAGGAUUUGUUACUAAAGUUCACAGAAAAGACUGCAAUCCAUAUUAUGCAUCCUCCUCGUGAAGGGAAACCACUCUUGGUUUUGGAUUUGGAUCAUACCCUACUCGAUUUCAGUAGCAAGACACUACAAAGGGACGGAUCGACUUUACCUGGACAAGGGCUCGCUGCGGCUAUGAAACGACCAUUCAUGGAUGACUUUCUUGCCAUCUGCUAUCAGCAUUAUGAUCUGGUAGUUUGGAGUCAAACAUCUUGGCGAUGGCUGGAAACCAAACUUACCGAACUUGGCAUGCUGACUCAGCCGAGGUACCGUUUCUGCUUUGUACUGGACAAGACAAGUAUGUUCCAAAUAACUAGCAAAAGAAGAGACGGCGCGAGCGUUCAGCACCACGUGAAACCGCUCCACAUUAUUUGGCGAAAGUUUCCGUGUUGGGAUGUUCACAAUACUGUGCAUGUUGAUGAUUUAUCCCGCAACUUUGCGCUUAAUCCGGACGCUGGCCUGAAAAUCAAGGCCUACUAUCGAAAGAAAGCACCGGGUAGGCGUGAUGCCGCGCUGCAAGGGUUAGCCUUAUAUUUAGAAAAGCUAGUUGCAUCGGGAUGGAAGUUUCAAGAUGUUGAUUUUGGUGAAUGGAUGGACGUUGCUGCAGGUGCCAAGCCCCUACGAAAAAAAACGGAUAGAUCUUGAUUUGAUUCCAAAGGACGUCAGGCCCAGAUAUGGCAAUACGGCACGCCCGAAUAGAACUAGCAAAAUCUUAUCUAGCUAGCAAUAAAAGUUCUGUUU